AUGACAGGAAGUGCAGAUGGAUCAGUUCAUGUAUUUUAUGAUCCAAAUAUUAGUGUUCGUGGUGCUAAACUCUGUGUAGUAAAAGAACCCAAGAAACGAGCUGUUGAUGAUUACGAAAUAAAUCGUCCAAUUAUUGCUCCUCAUUCAUUAUCAUUAUUUAGAAAUGAUAGACCUAAAUCAACUAAGAGACAAAGAGAAAAAUUACGUAAAGAUCCUAUUGCUUCUCAUCGUCCUGAUUUACCUGUUAGUGGACCUGGUAAAGGAGGUAAAAUUGGUAGUAGUUUAACUCAACAUAUAAUGAGCGAAUUAAUUAAAGAUACUACUAGAGAUGUCGAUCCAAGAGAAGCCUUAUUAAAAUAUGCAAAAGUUUCUGAAGAUGAUCCACAAUGGAUUGGAGAAG